UCCUCGCAUAACAAACGUCUUGAACGGAACCUAAUUUUCCACUAUCGAAAUUUGUCAGGCAAAGGUCAUGCGCAUGCGUAGCCAUCCAGGAACGCCGGUAACCCUCAGAUUUUCUCAAAAGUUCUUGGCCUGUCUGCCGACCAAAAACUAUCAAAAUGAACAGCUGUGCAAAGAUCUGCUCUUCUGCUUCACAGGCUCUGAUCGCAAGGAAUUCAAGAGCAAUUGUCAGACCCUUGAGUGCAACAACGAGCAAUAAUACAGAUGUCAGUUCAAAGAGGACACUAGCCUCAUACAGCAGCCUAGCAGGGCUCAGCAGUGUUACAAGUGUAAAGAGUCCAGAGACGCUUGUUAGUCAAAUUGUUAGCCGUGGCUUCCAGACGUCAGUACCUCAACGUGAUGUAGAGGCCGCAGCAAAAUUCAUUGGUGCAGGUGCUGCCACUGUAGGACUCGCUGGAUCAGGAGCUGGUAUUGGAACAGUUUUUGGAAGCUUGAUCAUCGGCUAUGCCCGCAACCCCUCCCUCAAGCAACAGCUAUUCACAUACGCCAUCCUGGGUUUUGCCCUUUCAGAAGCCAUGGGUCUCUUCUGUCUUAUGAUGGCUUUCCUGAUUCUCUUUGCAUUGUGAGCAAUGCUUUGUUGUACACAGUUUAGCCAUGCCCUCUUGUUUCAUAAGUAUAUAAGAUUUUAGAGACCAUAUUGUGAAUUACAUUUUGCUUGAUUGGUCUUCAAAGAGAGAGAGUUCUAAUGAAUAUUCUGUUAAGGAAAAUGUGAGUUCUGUGUAAAUUUUAUAGCAUUGGUUAUUGAUGAAACAAAUAUAUGAUUCCCCCCAAAUAUCUACUGAGGCCAAGCCUUGUUGACCAAUCAAUGCACGGAUGUCCUGCACAUAUUUAAAUUGACACUUUCUGGACAUGCAGUGCUUCAUGGGACUGUUGACUGCAUGGGCAGCAAGAGGUUCAAAGCAUCUUCAAUGAAUUGUGUUCUGUGAUGUCUCAUUCUUUACAGUUUCUUUACAUUGUCGUAACAUCAAUUUUCACUCUUGUUGGGAAAUGCUCGGUCAGGGAGGGGGGUCAGAUGGGACAAAUAUGUAUACAUGUAUAGCCAGUAUAUUUCCGGUAUGAUUCCUUUCAAACUCUACUGCAGUCCAAAUACCUUGUGCGAUGGUACAGCUUGCAAGUGCAGUACUGCCAUUGUCAGAAGACAGUUAUAAAACUUGUCUAAGAAAUGUGGUCUUGGUUUAUAAAGACGAUUAAAGAGUGAUUAUAACUUGAAA